UUUAUUGCUUUGAGACUUAAGAUCAAAGGUUUGAAAAAGUGAAUUUGGGAAUUAAAUGGACUAUUGACUAUGAUGACUACUAAAACUGGAACUUAUAGACCUUCGGCUAGCCUUAUGGUAGCCGCCAAAGAGGAUUCUUUAGAGGACUACGACUACAGAUUAUUGUUGAUCAAACGAACUGAAGGAACUUCCUAUGCAUUGAACCAUUGCGUCUUUCCUGGCGGCGUAUUCGAUCCCAUAGAGGAUCAAUCUGCGAAAUGGAUUACUUUUUUCAAAUCCCUUGGGGUGACCGAUGAACAAUUAAAAAUGUGUAAUCACAGUCAGGAUUCUCCAAGGCCGGAGUUUCUAUCCGGUGGUGACCAUUUUUCAAGGGACAUUGCACUGCGACUGACUGCGCUCAGGGAAACCUUUGAAGAGGUGGGAAUCUUGAUUUGCACAGAACAGUGUGACAUACAAAACUGGGAUUCUAAAUCAGAUCAUCCUAGAACCUUGCUUUUCGAGCCAAGCGAACGUUCCGAAUGGCAAUAUCGGGUUCACAAUGAUGCCUCACAGUUCCUGGAACUCUUUCGGCACCAUAAAGUCAUUCCCAAUAUCUGGUCUCUUCAAGAAUGGUCCAUUUGGAGGACAGCAGCCACUGCCAAUCGGAGCUAUGACACUGUUUAUUAUAUCACCAUGUUGGAUGAGCACACCAGGAAUAUAAAGCUGCUUCUGGAACCGCACGAGGUGGCUUCGGCCCACUGGAUGAGUCCGACCGAGGCUUGGUCGAGCUCCCAGAAAGGAAUUAUUUGGCUCCCGUUCAUGCUGCUCUAUGACAUCGCUCGUCUGAUGAACUUCUAUAACUUUCAGGAGCUUCUCAACUUCUCCCGCCAAAGGAGCUGCAAUGGAAGCACAUUGGUGCAGCCCGUCUACUAUCGCUGCGAUGACUGCAUGUUUGGAGUUCUUCCUGGUGAUGAGCUCUAUCCCAAAGAGCCAGGCGCUUGUACACAAACAAUUGUCUUGUCGGGAUCGGUGGACGACCUUCAUCGAAAGGCCAAGCAAUACAAUCGCUAUAUCGUCUACGACUUCCACAAGGUCGUACUGGCUUCCAAUGUACCGCCUGGCGAUGGACAUCUGCCACUGCAGCCUCUCGUCAAUAACAAGAUAGCCAAGUUGUAGUAAAAG